GCUGACUCUACCCGGAUUAGUAGCCCACCCCUGGUCGACCCUUCACUUACCUUACCGAGACGAAUUUGUUCGACUCCAUGGAGACGGACGUCGAGGAGGAGCUUCUUCUCGUGGAGGCCGAGAUUCAGGAAGUUCAAGGAAACUACUAUAAUUACUUGACACUGAAUUAUUGUUGACGGUAGGAAUGCCACUACAUUCGUUGCACACUCUUUAUGAUCACAUUACUGUGUUCAUUAUGGCUAUCAUGCCCCUUCCACAAGCAUGAGUAUUAUACAUCCAUUAACCACAUUCAUAGACCAAAUCAAAUUGUUGCUUGAUCGACAAGAAGAUCUUUACAAGAAACAAUCUGAACUGAAAGCCUUGUUAAAAGAAUGUGAAGAACCUGCUGCAGCUACAAUCGAUAGUACUGGUGUGAUAGCUGAUUGGUCCGGUACUUUUGAGUGGGAUACCCUAGCUGAUGAUACCCGAUUCAAUAUCUUUGGCAUAUCCUGCUAUCGCGCUAAUCAGCGGGAAAUUAUAAAUGCUGUGAUGAGUGGGAGAGAUGUUUUGGUUAUAAUGGCUUCAGGGGGUGGCAAGAGCCUUUGUUACCAACUUCCAGCUAUCCUGCGUGAUGGAAUCACCCUCAUUGUCAGCCCUUUGCUAUCUCUUAUACAAGAUCAGGUUAUGGGAUUGAUGGCUCUGGGAAUUCCAGCUUACAUGCUGACUUCAACAACCAGUAAGGAUGAUGAAAAGUUUAUAUACAAGGCUCUAGAGAAAGGUGAUGCUGAUCUUAAAAUGCUGUAUGUUACACCUGAAAAGAUAUCAAAGAGCAAGAGGUUUAUGUCUAAGCUCGAAAAAUGCCAUAAUGCUGGACGCCUUUCUCUUAUUUCUAUUGAUGAAGCACAUUGUUGUAGUCAGUGGGGACAUGAUUUCCGUCCAGACUAUAAGAAUCUUGGGAUCUUGAAGAUUCAAUUUCCUCAUGUUCCUCUUGUUGCUUUAACUGCAACUGCGACUUUCAAGGUCCAAACAGAUCUAGUGGAAAUGCUGCAUAUUCCUAAAUGCGUAAAGUUCAUAAGUACAGUCAACAGGCCCAACCUAUUCUACAAGGUGCAUGAAAAGUCAUCAGUUGGCAAGGUGGUCAUUGAUCAAAUUGCAGAAUAUAUCAGGUCAUCUUAUCGCAACAGUGAAUCUGGGAUAGUUUAUUGCUUCUCUAGAAAGGAAUGUGAGCAGGUUGCAAAGGAAUUGAGAGAACAUGGGAUAUCAGCAGACUAUUAUCACGCUGAUAUGGAUGUGGUUGCUCGAGAGAAAGUUCAUCUUCGAUGGAGCAACAGCAAAUUGCAAGUUAUUGUUGGUACGGUGGCAUUUGGAAUGGGAAUCAACAAACCCGAUGUCAGGUUUGUCAUUCAUCACAGCCUUAGCAAGUCGAUGGAAACAUACUAUCAGGAAAGCGGGCGAGCUGGCAGAGAUGGACUUCCUUCGGAAUGCAUUCUAUAUUAUAAACCUAGUGAUGUUCCACGUCAGAGUUCGAUGGUAUUUUAUGAGAAUUCUGGCCUGCAGAAUCUUUAUGACAUUAUUAGAUACUGUCAGUCCAGGAGAUGUUGCCGAAGAAAUGCUAUCUUUCGUCAUUUUGGAGAGCCCCUGCAGGACUGUAAUGGUAUGUGUGACAACUGUGCAUAUGGAACAGUGCUGACGGAGAUUGAUGUCACUGGUCAUGCUAAAGCCUUAGUUCACUUGUUAAGCGACAUGCAUGAACAUGAGCAGAGGGCAACAAUGUUACAGCUAGUUGACAAGUUAAAGGUGAAGAUGAAGCAGUUGGGUGCUUCAUCUAAGCCUACUCCUGAUCUUAAGAAGGAACAACUUGAGCAGCUUGUAAUUCAGCUUUUGUUAGAUCGUGUACUGAAAGAAGAAUUUCAACAUACAGCUUAUUCAACCAAUGCCUAUGUUACAAUUGGUCCAUUAUGGAAGCAAGCAUUUCUAGGAAAAAGAAUAGUGAAGCUUGAGAUUUGCAUGGCGCAGAAACAAAAUCAUAAUAGAAAUAAUAGGGUUUCUAAACGAGGCCGUUCAUCACUUCUGGAGUUCAAGCUAGAUGAGCUUCGCAAGGAGAUCUCUUCAAGCGAGGGUGGAAUUUUUCCACAUGCUGUUUUGUCUGCACAACAAAUAGCUCUUCUUAGCACCAAAAAACCAACCUCCAUACCAGAGUUGGAAAAGCUAAUAGGGAAGUUGAAGGCCAAAAAGUACGGUAGGAGGAUUGCUGAAAUGAUUCAAAAUUAUGUCGAAGUAGAGCAACCCAAUUGUGAAGCAACUAAUGCAGAUGAAGGUAAUGAAAAUGAAGGCACUAAGAGACAAAGAAAGAAUAAGUUCCCUGUUGUUAUUGAAAGCAGUGGAGAUGAAAAAGAUUAACUAGAGUUGCCGAAGCUGAUGAAGCGCCAUAGCACUGCUGUGUGCCCUUCUGGAAAGCUGGAAGGUAAAAAGAAUGAACUAGAAAGAGCAACUGUAGCUCUUAAAAGGGAAAAUGAGACGAGGGUCAUUUUUGUUUAUGAACUGCUGCAUUUUGCAACCAUCCGGUGUACCUCAACGCAUGAGAAUGCAGAUUAAAUUAUAUGGAGUUCUUAGUGGAGAAUGGCUGCGAAACAGGUAAAUUUUUUAUUGGACGUAGUGUGGCAUUGAAUGCUUUAAAUAGCUGUUGCUUUUAAGGUAUAUAUAAGAACACUUUGGCCACUAGAAAUUAGUUAUUGCACUAUGAUAUCUGUGUUUCUCAUGUAAAGGCUGCGUUAUUCAUACUAAAGUGUUUAGGCAGACCAAUGGUUUCUUCA